ACUCACACUGCACAGACAGGAUCUUAAAUGACACACGCUGCUCUGCACAAAAACACAUGCUCACCCAUUUACACACAGUGUAACACAGGUACUCACUGGGCAUACAUAGAGACGCAUUGUUCUGCACAGCCACACUCCUGUAAAAAUUCAACAGAGCGUUUACACCAUGCAGUCUCAGAAACAGGGUCAAAUAUUACCCCUACGGACAGUGUUGAUUCUUCUGAUUUUACUUCAGCUGUGUGCCACUGAAAACACCACCAGUUCACCAGAUGAUGAAUUUGAUGAAGUUUCUACAUUGGAUUAUGAGAAUUACUCUCAGCAAUGUGAAAAGGGUGAUGUCAGAGAUUUUCGUUCAGUCUUUCUGCCUGCAAUGUAUGCUGUUGUCUGUUUAAUUGGUGUCACCGGAAAUGGACUGGUAAUUAUCACAUAUCUCUACUUUAAGAGGCUCAAAACUGGAACAGAUUUCUACCUUCUGAACCUUGCCAUAGCAGAUAUGAUAUUUCUCCUCACUUUGCCUUUCUGGGCAGCCAGUGUUGCAAGGAACUGGGCUUUUGGAAAUGUCAUGUGCAAAAUCAUUUAUUGUCUUUAUAAAAUGAGUUUCUUCAGUGGUAUGUUUUUGCUCAUGUUCGUGAGCAUUGAGAGAUACUUUGCCAUAGUCAAAGCUCCAUCAGCUCACCGCCACAGGUCAAAAACUGUGAUGAUAAGCAAGCUAUCCAGUGUUUGUAACUGGAUAUUUGCAUUUUUUCUCUCCAUACCUGAACUGAUCUACAGUGGACUGACAAACAGUGGUAAUAUGGAUAUGUGCAUUAUUUUCUCAGAAGACAUCCAGAGUCUGAGUGCCAAACUCAAGAUCUGUCAAAUGGUCUUUGGCUUCCUCUUUCCUCUCAUCAUCAUGUCCUCUUGUUACUGCAUGAUAAUCAGAAAAUUACUUCAGGCACGUAAUUUUGAGAAAUACAAAGCUAUUAAAGUCAUUAUUGCAAUAGUCAUUGUAUUUGUGGUCUUCCAACUACCUUACAACAGUGUGAUGUUGAUAAAGGCCAUAAAUAACACAACCAAUUGUCACAUAAGUAAGCAAAUAGAUAUUGCAGAUGAUGUCACAUACAGCCUGGCAUGCUUCCGUUGUUGCCUUAACCCUUUCCUCUAUGCCAUAAUUGGUAUCAAGUUCAGGAAUGAUCUAUGCAAGCUCUUCAAGGAACUGGGCUGUUUGAGUCAGGAGAAGGUCAACAUGUGGACAUCCGGUACACGGAUCAGGAGAGCAUCCAUUGCAAUGGACACAGAGACAACCACCACCUUUUCUCCUUGAUAUUUCCUAAUGAAAAUGCCUGCUGGUCACAUAAUAUGUCAUUCCUUUUUCAGCAUUGGGAAGUCUAAAUGGAAUCUCUAUGAGUAGAAGAUUCUUGAUUUCUGCAACGUGCGAUAAUCUGGUCUUCCUUCUGAUAAAAAAAGUGUUGUUAUUGCACCAAAUAAUCCAUUGCAUUGUGAAGGACACAGUUGCUGCUCUAUUUUUAUGCUCAGAAGCUAUACAAAUAUUCAUUUACAUUGACAUGUUAUAGAAAAACAAACCCUGGGAUUUUCUAGGGUUUAAUUUGUGUUUGUAUCAUAUAGACUUUCCAUAAUUCUCAAAUUCAUUUUCCUCAAUAAUUGUGUGGUGCAGCAAAUGAACAUUUUAUGAACUUGGGCUUGCUGUCCUAUUUACAUCCUGAUCAAUACACAAGAGCACAGAACUUUAUAUUCCUACCAAUAUUGUGAACUAUAUGCUCAAAAUACACAUGUAAAAGCAUCAUUUAAACAUAAAAUUAUUUUUGCAAA